AUGUCUGCACACAGCCCCGCUGCUGCUGCUGCUGCUGCUGCUGCUUCUUUGAUAGUUUGCAGCAGUACCGAAGCAACUCGUAGCAAGCGAGCGCUAGAGCCCGCACAUCCCCUUAGAAGAAACGGCAGGCGUGGCUCGUCCUCUGCGUUGGCUCAUCAGCAGGCGCCACAGACCGCGUUCAAGUCACACCAUAAGGAGACCGGGGAGAGCAACUCUGGGGGGAUGGAGAGGGGUGGUGAGCGGUUCAGGGGACGACGGCUGCAGGCUGGACGAGCAUGGCGGGGGAGGGUUCGAGCAAGGGGGUUGGCGCACUGCUCUCUGCUCUCGUGGCAUGUGUGGGCGGCUGUGUUUUCUGUGGCUGCUCUUCUCAGCAGCAGCAGCAGCGGUGGCGUGCUCUUUCGCCCCUUGCAGCACUCCUCCUCUCUCUCAGCUCCUCUCCAAUGUUGCCCCCUCUCCUCCUGCAAGCCACGUCCAUACCUCUCCCACUAUACCCCACCGUUCUGCCCUCUCCCCCCUUCCCAACCCCCCCGUGCUUCUCACCUCCCUCUUUUAGCGCAAGUGCUGCAGCAGCUGAAGGCGGAGUGGGGGCCCGCGUUCCCAGCAGCAGCGUCGUGGACGUCAGGAGCGGCGUGCGAUGCGCUGGUGGGCGUGCUGUGCGACGAGCACGACGACUUCAUCCAGAGCCUAUCCCUCAGAGACAACCAGCUCAACGGUGACUUGCCAUUCUUCCUCAACACCCUCGGAUCUCUCACAGAAUUCACCCCUCUCUUGCUCCCACCAGUACCUAUUCUGCACCACUCUCUGCUCUCUGCAUCUGAUUAUCUCCACGAGCAGAGUCUCUCCACUAGCCAUCCGUGCCGCACUUCGUGCCUUCCUAUCCCUCCCUCCCUCUGUCCCUCUCUCCCCCUUCCCUCCCUCUGUCCCUCUCUCCCCCUUCCCUCCCUCUGUCCCUCUCUCCCCCUUCCCUCCCUCUGUUUCUCUCUCCCCCUUCCCUCCCUCUCUCCUUCCCUCUCGCCCUUCCUCCCCUCAUGCACACCUGCCGUCCUCUCCUCUCUCAUUGUCACACGCUCCAACAAGAACCCUCUCGCUGCAUCCUUGCCUCCAUCUCUCACCCUGCAACACGAAGCACAUUGCAUUGCAUCGAUUCUGAGUCCAGGAAAGAUCACCUCGGUGUCGCAGCUGCAGGGCAACCGGCUGACAGGCAGCUUGCCUGUGGGGCUCAGCGAGCUCGUCUUGCUAUCCUCGCUGUCAGUGCCCCCUGCCUUGCCUUGCCACUGCCCUUAG